AUGUUCAAUGAAUCUAUUGACGGUCGUCUCGUCGUACCUGAGCCAUCAGCUGCUGUAUGUGAUGGAAGAACAUAUAAUGCUAUGGGUUGCAGUAUAGCCAAAGCACAAUGGUCAAACGCGGCAUGGCGCAGCGAUCAAGUUGGUGCAAUGCAAAUGCAUAAUUGGGAAAAUAGUUCAUGUUCAAUAUUCGUAAAUAGCUCAACAUGUAAUCAAGGUUCUGUAUCGGUGCUGGCUGUUGACGCAAUGUCGCCCGAACAUGUUCAAGCAACUGUUCGAUUCGCUGCGAUGAAUAAUCUUCGCUUAGUUAUCAAAAGCACUGGACAUGACAUUUUAGGUCGAUCGACAGCAGCUGGAUCUCUACUUUUAUGGCUUCAUCAUAUGAGAAACAUGACAUUGAUUGAACAAUACUCAUCCUGUGGCCUCAACAAUGUAUCAAAUGCUAUUCGUUUAGAAGCAGGUGUCCAAUGGAGUGAAGUCUAUCUAUGGCUGAGUAAAAUCAAUUUGGUAGCAAUUGGUGGAACAUCAGGUACAGUGAGUGCGGUUGGUGGUUACCUUCAAGGAGGUGGACACAGUCCACUAUCACGUUGGAAAGGUAUGGCUGUUGAUCAAGUACUUGAAUACGAUGUUGUUACCGCAGAUGGACAACGCCAAACGGUAAAUGCAUGUCAAAAUGGUGACUUAUUCUGGGCAUUAAGCGGUGGAGGUGGAGGUACUUAUGCGAUUGUACUUUCUGCUGUUGUACAAACUUUUCCAUCACCAUCUAUUGUUGCUGCAACAUUUUCAGUCAAUACAUCAAAUGGAACUCGCUAUGAAAAAUUAAUUGAAAGCUUCGUCGAAAUUUUACCGACAGUAGCCGAUGCCGGAUGGUCUGGCUAUUUCGAUAUAGCCGAUAUGACAUUAAGGGUUUUAUUUCAUGUGCCUAAUGGAGAUUGGGCUGCACUCAAUGCUAUAUUGAAUCAAUUUGCGGUCAGCAACAGUGAUUUAGAUUUCAACACCACUAAGAGUUUUGUUGUCCCAUCUUUUUAUGGCUACUUUGCCCUUCUGUUGGAACCGAAUAAUCCUACUGGCUAUAAUCUUCUAGUGAGCUCACGACUCAUUCCGGAAAGCAUAAUUCGGAGUAAACCGGAUGAAGUCGCAGCAGUCUUUGUCCAAGCGAAAGGUCAGAGUACAACUGGCUCGAAUCUUCGUGGAAGUUUAGUAGCCGGUGGACAAGUAUCAAAUACAAAAAACAGAAAUAACAGUGUUAAUCCUGGAUGGCGUACAGCUCUUGUUCGUAUGGCCUGUAUGCAAAGUUGGUUGGAUACAAUAUCCAAAGCUGAUCAAGACUACUUAGCUACACAAGUCUUACUUCGAGCAGAGAUGUUAGACACAGUAUUGCCUGCUGGUUCACAACCAACAUGCUACGGUAAUGAAGCCCAUCCAAAUGAAAUGAAUUGGCAAGAGAAAUUUUUCGGUUCGAAAGCUAUAUACAAUCAACUGAAAAGAAUAAAAGAAAAAUACGAUCCACUGGGACUCUUCGUAUGUACAAAUUGUGUUGGUAGUGACGAUUGGACAUCGGAUCUCAAUUGUCCGAGAAAGUCGAAUUCUAUUAAAGUCAAUCUAACAAUAUUUCUCUUAUUCAUAGAAAUAUUUGCGGUAUUAUCAUAA